CGUGCAAAAGUUCACAUUCUGACAUGAAACAGAGGUACAAAAUGUCAAAAAAAGUUGUAGAAGAACAUUAACGCGUUUGAAGAUCAGAAAAAUUCGAAAGAGUGUUUUAUUUUUUAUCAAUUUGUUGUUUUACAAAAGUUCGUUUGAAUUAUGGCGACAGAAUAUGCCUAUCAAAAGCAGACGAUCGAGGAGUUAAUGUUCGCAAAACCAAAGCCGAUGAUCGAGCGUAUCGGACGCGAUUCUCGAGUCUUGAGCUGGAGUACAACAACCAAAGUGACCAUAACAGUUUUGACUCUCCUAGCUGUUUUUUUGGAACAUUUGUUUACCUUUAAACUGCUGCGAUAUAUUCCACUUUAUUUGUGCACACACUGGUUGACUAGCGUCGUGUCUGUUUUGAUCUUCCACCUUCUUGCAAAACGGAAAUCCAGUUACAAUUUUGAUGAUGGUGCCAAAGGGGGUCUGGUGCACAGAAUCCCGUUGUUGAUAUUUUACAUUAUAACAGUUUAUAUUAGUGAAACAGAUUUGGCUACCCAGGUCAAUAGUCAAGGUCCAUCUGCAUUCCUGGUGAAUCUGUGCUUGUCACCAUUGAUAGUGACAGCAGCUCUCACAUGUUUCAUUCAAGAGCAAACUGCCAGCUGGGUGUCAGCUCUGACUGUCACAUAUUCAGGAAUGAUGCUGAUGACUGUCUGUAGUGAUGAUGGCAGUUGCUAUGUGUCUUUUAAAGAUGCAGCAUUCAAUGUGGCAUUUACUGCUUUUUAUGGCAUGUACAUAGUCAAGAUUGCACAGAGUUUACACGAGCUUUCAGUUGGUCAUGUUUUAUUGCUGGUCAAUACUGCAUCAGCUGCCUUGGUACCAGGUUUAAUCAUGUUCUCAAGAGAAGGUGAAAUAAUAUCUUCAAAUCCUUCAAUAGUUAUGGAGUUGGUAAAACCAUCAGUGAUUGUCCCUUUGAUUUUUCUGAAGUUGUUUGAGAUGAUAACCAUGCUAUUACAUAUCAAAAUUACGGGCGUUACAACACAUGUUCUGACAAGAAACCUCGCAUGGAUACCAACAUGUAUUUCCAUAGGUAUAGUGGGGAAGGUCGAACUUAUGGUUUCAUCCUUCAAAGCCUAUUGGAUUGUGUUAGGCUCCUAUAUACUUUAUGUUAUACCUGAUGAUCAUGAUACGAAACGGCCAAGGUAGCAUGGCCAUGAUUUGUCAAAAUUUAAAGUUUAUCUGCAGGACAUAAUUGGCUGACCUACACAGUACAUGUCUAUGAAUCUUUUGUAUACUCUCGUUAAUAUACUGUACUUUGUGGAAGAAUAAUUUUAUGACGUAUACUAAAGGCUAUAAGCAUUUUGGUAAUAUAUUGGGCAUAGUUGUAUAUGGUUUUGUAUAAUGUGACCUUAAGGUUUUCACCAGAGAUUUUCUGAUUAAAGAAGUAAAAUGAAUUUUAAAAAUGGACUAUUUUGACAAUCCAACCUAUUUCAGUUUCCAAUCCUACAGUAUCUGCUUUGUAUCAAACCAUUCUUUUCCUAUUAUUGUUGAAGUCUGGUGCAAGAAAUUAUAUUUCCCCCCAAAUCCUGUGACCUAAUCCUAAUCAGUUCAAUGAUUUAUUAUGAUGCUGGUUUAGGACUUGUAGGCAGUUGGUAGAAUAGAUGAUAGAAUAUUAUAGACCUGAUCACUUUAGUUUCAGAACCAUCGCUAUAUUUAGAAAUAUGAAAUACUAAUUACCUGAGA